CCUGGAAACUCCUCCCUCACCUCUCCUCCCACUCCGUUGUCGGGGACCACGCCUCUUUUCCCUCUCUGUUGCGUUGUGAUGCAGUAAUGGCUUAAGUCUGGCCUCAUCAUUGUCAUCCUGCCCUUCUACGUUCAUUCAUACUCUCUCAAUUUUGCCUCCCUGCACCUCCAUAUGAUUCGAAGACUUGCCUCAUUGCUGUCCCAAUAUCUAUAGAUUUCCCCAUUCACCAUGCCUAAAAGUAAUCGGCCAGCGACCUCGGGCUAUGCCCGCUUGGCUCAGGAGGAGGAAGAUAGAACCCAAGAAUACGAUUAUUCAGAUGAUGAUGACCUACACGCCUCCGGCACCAUAUCCCAGUCCGCCCCCCGAUAUGCCCCCAUCUCCUCCCGAGCCCAGAUGCAGGCCGCCGGCCUGUCCUCGCCUCCCGAACACCGACGAAGACUGAGCGGACACUAUCGCCGAGGACGGAGGAAUUCCGGAGUGGACAUCAAGGCCAUCAAUGCCCGCCUUGAGCGGUGGGCGGAGGAAAUCGCCUCCAAGUUCAAGAUCAACCGCGUCAAGGGUAAGACCUUUGAGGAGGAGAAACUAGAGAUCUACCACUCCGUCUUCCAAGCUCCGGAUGGUGUUCGACCAAUCUCGGCGGAGGCCCUCGAGUCUGACGAGAUUGAGGGGGCUGCGCGGAGAGCCCGCGACGAGUUCGAGGAAGUCGUGGAGAGUGUCCGGGUUGCCAUUGAGAUGGGGGUCCAUCCCCGGAUGAUCUCCCAAGGUAGCUCGGGUAGUUACUUCGCGCGCAACACCGAGGGUAAAGUGGUUGGGGUCUUCAAACCCAAAGACGAGGAACCCUAUGCGUCCCGCAACCCCAAGUGGACCAAAUGGAUCCAUCGCAAUUUGUUCCCCUGCUUCUUCGGACGGGCGUGUCUGAUUCCUAACCUGUCCUAUGUUUCGGAAGCAGCCGCGUAUGUUCUCGACUCGCGUCUGCGCACGGAUCUCGUUCCUUACACCGACAUUGUGUGGCUGUCCUCGAAAUCGUUCUUCUACGAUUUCUGGGAUCGCAGGAAAGCCUGGAUGGGCAAGAGGCCGCUUCCGCCCAAGGCGGGCAGCUUCCAAGUCUUCCUAAAGGGCUACAAGGAUGCCAACCUCUUCCUGCGAGACCACCCUUGGCCGGACCAGACCAACUCUGGAUUCCGAGCCGAGGAUGCCCCGAAGCGCAAGAAGCGUCCGUGGAGCGAAGCUUGCCGUCCUUCGGGCGUCCAUUCUGAUGAUGAAGACGAAGAAUACGAGGACGGUCAAGCGCGCACGCCAUCGCCCCGCGAGGAGAGCCGAGAGCGGCGGUUCUAUUGGACGGAGGCCUUGAAGCAGUCUUUCAGAGAGGAAUUGGAAAAGCUUGUGAUCCUCGACUACAUCAUGCGGAAUACGGAUCGUGGUUUGGAUAACUGGAUGAUCAAGAUCGAUUGGAGGACGGAAGAAGUGUCCAUCGUUGCAGAUCCGCCCAAGCCCAACGGGCUGCAACCGCAAGAUGAUGAAGACAUGCCCCCUGCUCGUCCGAUUUCGGUCAACUCGGACGGGACGCCUACAGCCCCCCAUCCUUACCGGCGACGAGAGGCGAUGGUGGCCGUCAGUCGCACCGGAACCCCAUUGAACUCCAACGAGCCUCAGGCGACCAUCCAGAUUGGCGCCAUUGACAAUAGUUUAUCGUGGCCGUGGAAGCACCCUGAUGCCUGGCGAAGCUUCCCCUUUGGUUGGCUGUUCCUCCCCGUCUCUCUAAUCGGUCAGCCGUUUUCGCAGAAAACCCGAGAUCAUUUCCUGCCGCUUUUGACGUCGACUGCUUGGUGGAGUGGAACUCAAAUGGCGCUCCGGCGGGUGUUCUCCCAGGACUCCGAUUUCAAGGAGAGCAUGUUUGCCCGGCAGAUUGCGGUGAUGAAGGGACAGGCCUGGAAUGUGGUCGAGACGCUGAAGCAUCCCGAUCAUGGGCCCCUCGAAUUGACGCGACGGACGCGCGUGUGCGUCUGGGACGAUCUGGUGGAUGUUCCAGUCGCUAUCCCCCUCCGCGGGCCGUCGACGGAUGCGCAGAAACGAAAGGUGAAGAGCUACGAACAUUACGAUAAGCACGCCCGUUACGACCCAGAUAACGAGGAGAUGGACAUUGGCGCAGCCAUGUCAUUGGGCACUGGCCCCGAUGUUGAUCUGCUGGGGCUGGGAUCUUCCCCGAAUGAGCUGCCCAACCCGAAUCGAUUCGAGCUCUCACGCGGCCGCGGAUCCACGUCAGGGCACGCGCGGGCUCAGUCCGGCAGUCCGGCGACCAUGGGCGACUACCGAUUUGGCCGCGACAGCAUUGACGAGCUGAGUCACGGGAGAGGCAUGGACCGAAGCUGGGCGACGCUUCCACCUCGCCCGGGCCGACACCAGAAGCACAGCUCGGUGUCCAGUUCGCGUGGGCAGGCACAUCUGAUCUUCAGCAGUGAUGACCUGGAAGGCGACCUUGGAUACGCGGCGGCAGAGGGGAUGGAAGGCAACCAACGCAAGGUCAUUGUCGAGCGACUCGAAGCCGUGAAGAGCAAGAACCCGGUGUUUACCUGGUGUUAACCUGGGUUCUUGGCUAUGAUCUUCGGGACCUUCCGCGUCUCCGCUUCUUUCCAUUCUUCUUUUUUUAUUUAGCGUGUAUCAUGAUAACCUGGCAUGAGGAGUUCUUUGCAGGGUGGUCCUUGUUGGAAAAUCUUGAUGGUUUAGUCAUAAAAUGGAAGUUGAUCUUCAAGGGAUGUGUGGGCGGUUGCCUCUCUACCUAUACAUAAUACACCACCAGUAUAUAGUUCAGCACAUUUAGAAUCUAAUACAGUGACGCG